CACACGCACACUCUCUCUCUCACACACACACACACAUACACACGCACAUACACACAAACGCAUGCAUGCACAAUGACGUUGUAUUUGAUACAAUUCUCCUACUGUUAAUUCAGUGCCACAAUGUAUUCCAAAUUAUCUUUUUAAAAAGAAAAUGACUCCAGGGAAGUGUUGCAUUGGUUUGUUUGUACACGGUAUGUAUUAUGUUUGACAACAAAAUCUGCCUAUGAAUCAAAGGUAUAACUUUGGUGUUUUAUAACAGCGGUUUUAUUCAAUCAAUUUGUGGUGGGGAGGCCAUCAAACCACAAAGCGCACAAAAGGAUAUUGAUGUUUAUUGCUCUGGUUACACGGUUUACACAAAAGUGUGGGUAUUUCGAUGAUGUCAGUUGGCUUGUUUUUUAUUCAAACUAUUAUCAAAUGGUUUUCACGAAAGGAUCGGUACUCCGAUGGUAUCAAUGUGGUCGUCUUUAUUAAGAAUACGGAUUUCACAGAAGUGUUGGUACGUCUUUAUGGGGUUGUUUUUAUUCGAACUACUAUCAAAUGGUUUUCACAAAAGUACCAGUACCUAGAUGGUGGAAAUGUACGUGUCUUUACUCAAAGUACCAUACAACGGUUUUCACAAAAGUAUCGUUACUUUGAUGGUGUCAACGGGCUCAUUGUGACUCAAACUGAAUGCGCCUUUGAGACAAUAAAUCAAAACAGUGUUGAAUGGUUUAUUAUAUGGUACUAUCAGGGAUUUUCAUAAAAAGUGUUGGUACCUUGAUGGUGACCACGUGCGUGUGUGUACCCAAACUGAAUGUGAUCCUGUAAGAUAAUCUGAGCGCGGUAAAUGGUGUGUGUUGUUUUUGUUUUUUUAUUUGCUAUACCACCACUAUCACUAUAAGAACUGGGUUGUUUGUUUCGUUACUUUCUACAGUGGAGAAUUAUUUCCCAUCCAAACCGUAUUACUACAGUGUACUACGCACUAGGUGUGAUCACAAACAGCUAUUGUCAGAAUAUAAGCUGUGCAAAGUAAGCAAAAGGUUGUGAAUAAAAUACUUUUUGAUUAUGAUGCGCAAAAGGGAGAUGAGUUCUUCACGUUUGUUUUUAUUUUCAUCUAAAUAAAGUGUGACGAAUCAAAUAAAAACAGAAGUAAUAUGGCAGAUAUACUAUGUAUACAAUUCACCAAACCUUGAAUUAUGGUGUCAUACAGACUUACACGAACCUGUCACUUGUAUGAUGACUGGAUAGGUCAUAAAGUCAAUCACAUUGUGUCUACAUUUAAACAGAAGAAAAACCCAACAUGAACGCAAUCACAAAACCCUGACGAACAGAAACAGACAAUGAUUUUGACAGGAAAUUUGCUCUGGAAAUCUAACGUGGUACCUUUUGUUGAUUUCAUUGCAGAAUCUGGUGCUAUCUGACUGCUGGUGAACAACGCUAGUGUUUGUGGUAAAUCUAUGUCCAUUUGUUGCACCUUGAAAUUGGUGUUCCUUCACGAGCUAAGAGUGAGGUCAACUGGCUCUACAGUAACGUUGGCUUUGAGUGAGUUUGCAACAAAAGUGUGAGCAAACAAAGUAGUGUCUUUGGUUCAUCUACUUACUCAGACAAUUGGUUGUGACAGUCCACUGGUUUUACCGCUGUCUCUCUCACUGGCACGUGAUAAAAGAUACUCUUUGCGUCUUCUUGUUUGAAGAAACGAACAUCCAGUUAGUUGGGCAUACGAUAACUGGUGCUACUACCUACCGAAACGAAGGAAGUCAGAAAAUUGGAGAGAACUGAGAAAUCCGAUUGGUUGGAGUUGUCUGCGCCCUCCUGGUGCCAUGGUUUUUCUCCCCGAUGUUGUGGAUAGCUCUGUGGGGGCGUCUCAUCCUUCGACCAAAGUGUCUCCAGAGGCUGUGAAGCCGGGCACACCCGAGAAAGCCGCUGGGGCUUUGUCCAAAAAUGGCCCCCUGUUUAAGGAGCGCGAUGGGCAACUGCUUGGAAAGAGGGGAGAAUUUUCUGGGACGUUGAAGUCUCCAGAUGUCCACUCCGACGAGACGCAGAGUGAGACAAUGGGUUAUCUCCCCUCCCAGGGGCUGGGUCCAUCAGGUAGUGCUCUCAACUUAGUUUUGACACCAGAAGAUGGAGAGAGUUCCACGGGCUUAAAGCAAUUUGGUGCAAGCGAGCUUCUAUCAGACGAAGACGAGACGAGAAAUGAUGAAGACGACGGUGAUGAUGACGACGAUGAUGUUGACGACGAUGAAAACAAUGACCAGAACGUCUCCAUGUCUGAGGUUUUUUCGAACCCUGACGAUGAUGGUAGUGACUUUCCCUGUGAUGAUUUAGACUUGAACGACGAAGAUGAAGAUGAUGAAGAUGAUAACAUCGAUGAUACAGAAGGUGACAAGACAAAACUCACAUACCCGACAGACACGGGGUAUGCUUGGGUGGUCGUACUAGCCGUCUUCUGUAUCCAGUUCCUAUUCGUGGGCUACCUGAAGUCGCUGGGAAUAUUCCUGGUAGAAUUUCAGGAAAAGUUUAACUCCACUUCGUCGAUGACGUCACUGGUGGUUGGCGUCAUGGAGGCCAUUGCAAGUCUGUUCUGUCUGUCCAUCGCCCUGCUGUACGGGCCCUCCCUGUUCGUGCUGAUGCAAUAUUUCGAGCGGCGUCGCGCUUUUGCCACAGCCCUGGGCACGUGCGGCACAAGCUUUGGGGGUGUGGUCCUCCCGCUCCUCAUCAGGUACCUGCUGGAUGAGUACUCUCUACGGGGCGGCACUCUGAUGACAGCUGGAGUCCUCAUGCACAGUAUCGCUUUCUCUGCCAUGCUCAGACCCAUAGAGAAGAACGAGAUGGUGCUGAAGAUUCCCGAGAGUAAGAAGUCGCCGCAGAACGUCCGAAGCGGCGUGAGGAAAGAGCUGGGAACGUUCGAGAAGCUGAGACAGAGGUUCCGUGGUUUGGAGGGAGAAAGUUCGGAACUGGAUAAAAAGUCGGAAUGUAGUCGAAGCUUCCGUGGGAGUCAUAACAGCAUUAACCAAAGAAACGGACAUCUGAAGUUUGACCCGAAGAAAAUUACGAAUAUCGCGCCUUUCAGCUCCAAGCUAGAAAUCUGCGAGGAGGGCGUACCUCUGAAAAUCGAGCAAAACAUAAUUGUUGGCAGUCACGGUGACUUGGUAGUUGUUCCUGUAGGCAAUGGGAUCACUUCCUCCUCCGUGUCUUUAGUGAAUGGCUCACAAGAAUCUCUGGUUGCCAGUAAUAACGACUUCCACGCCAAACUCACUGAGAUCAACAACCAAAAUGGGAGUCUAGUUUCCAUAGUCAACCAAAAUGGCAGUGUUGUCGUUUCCCCGGUGACCGAGAGUUCCUACAGCAACAACCACCUGGCGGCCCCAGCAGUGACCUUUCCCCGUCGGUGGAACGACAGCCUCGCCACGGAGAACACCCCGUCUCUCUACGACGUGGAGUCGAUGGCUUACACGGAUAUUGGAAGCAAAUACUCUCAUUCCAAACGCCAGCUCUCUCGCUCCACCGCUUCUAUAUUCUGCAGCACUUCCACGCUCAACACAAACUUUGCCGAUCUGAUAUCCAUUGAGCAGGACACGUACUUCAAGCAAACACAGCUGGACGACACGGCCAAACCUCAGACAUUUUUCCGAAAGUUUUGCUUCAGUCUGUUGAACAACCCCCUUUUAAAGUCGACCUCGUUUUGGGUUCUGGUCGUGUUCUACUUCAGCGCUACGAUUGGCCAAGCCGUGCCCCAGAUGUACAUCCCAGCCCUGGCUAAAGAGAAAGGUCUGACUCCCUCACAAAGCGCCAUGCUCAUCUCUCUGAUGAACACGCUGGACAUCCCGUGCAGGAUCGUAGUGGGCGUCCUGGUCAACUGCGGGUUCGUCAGUCCGUCCAAGGCUUGCAUCCUGCCCAUGUUCGUCAUCGGAAUGGUCGGGCAGAUGACUGCGUUCUUUAACAGUUAUGAGUCGAUGUUGGCGAUGGCUGUGAUGUACGGGCUGUUCAUGGGGGUUUACUUCGCCAUGCAGUCUCUUGUGGUGAUCGAGGCGCUGGGCAUGAAGAACUUUACCUCUGCCAUCGGCUUCUACUAUCUGAUCAUGGGCCUAGCCGGAGCGGUGUCCUAUCCUAUUUCUGGUGCCCUGAGGGACUUGACCGGAAGUUACGUGAGCGCCUACACUUACCUGGCAACGAUGGAGCUGGUUGCUAUGCUACAGCUUAUUGUGCUUCAGUUCACCACUAGGUUCGACAAGAGGCGGGGAAUCAUAAACACAGACGAAGAUGAUUCAACCGAAGGGGAGCAGCUGAAGGAAAAUGGAAACUGACUGUAAAAAAGGGGACUUGCUUUGUGCCCUUGAUCGAAAAUCGUUCGUACACCAAAUUUGUUAUUGGUAAACAGCUGACCAAAAUAGGAGAGUUGACUGAAAAGGGAAACUUGUUUUAUGAUCGACGGUGUUCGGUUGCUAAUCAUUGGUAAACAUCUGAAGGAAGAUGCGGGCCAACUGAAAAGGGAAGCUUGUUUUUAUGCGCAUGAUCGGCUAUCGUUCGUAGGUCAAGUCGUUGGUAACCAAACAGCUAAAAGAGAAUUAGCUGUAAAAGGAGUUCGUUCUAUGCCCUUGGUCGGCAAUCGUUCGGACGCCAAAUUAUUGGUAAGCAGCUGAAGGAAGAAUGAGAGCUGACUGACAAGGGAAGCUUUUUUAUGCGCAUGAUCGACAAUCGCUCAUAGGUCAAGUUGUUUUAAUAAUCUCGUUGUGCAUUUUUCUGGGACCACCACGGGCGAGUGAUUUAUUUUUGUCACAAGGAUAUGUUCCUUUGUAGGUCGUUCCAUGAAAAAGGAAAAGGUAGUUGCAUACGUAACGAGAACGUGCUGAUCUGGUUGAACCCCCCGCCCCCCCCCAACUCUAAACACUAAUAGAGACGUUCUUUAUUUUCAUUUUGAUGCAACCUUCCUUUAACAUAAAAAAAACCCCAGAACAAAACAAACAGAACAAAAAAAAAAUAUUGUUUUAAAAAUAUGUAUAGAGAUACCCAGGCUCUAUUACGGUUUGGAUUUUUUUUUAUCAGGUCAUCACCCCCGCGUUACGUGUAUGUAUCAGUGCAGUUUCAUUUUUCAUAGAAGGACCUUUGUUUGGUUUUGUUUUUUUACAGUGGCAUUAUCAAACUGAGAUCCAUGACAGGUUCGUUGUCAGACAAUCAAUACCACAGACAGUCAUUACAGUUAUUUUAACUUUUGAAUGUAACGGUGUUGAUGAUGAAAUAGAUAAAAGAUGAUAAUAGAGAUGCUGACUAUCAUCAUCAUCAUCAUCAUCAUCAUCAUCAUCAUCAUCAUCAUCAUCAUCAUCAUCAUCAUCAUCAUCAUCAUUGUUUGGUAAGCAGAGUAGAAGGGAGAGUCUUGAGUUAAUCAUCAUCAUCAUCAUCAUCAUCAUCAUCAUCAUCAUCAUCAUCAUCAUCAUCAUCAUCAUCAUCAUCAUCAUCACCUCUGAUCAAGACGUUGAAACAAAUUUCCCAAUUUUCCCUCACCAUUAUUAACAUGGCUGCAUUCGAUUUGGUGCUGUAAUUAUGAUGUCUAAUUCCAAAACAUCUUGCCCAUUUCAGAGACAAGAGACACGGUGUGCGUGGGUGGCGGGUACUCUGGUGUAUUCUGCUCCCUCUUUCCUAUCAAAUAUCUUUCGUCAUUAUGUCUCCUCCUUUUUGUGUUUGUGUGUUUGAUACUCUCUUAUAACACCUAAUCUUCGGUAUUUAUUUGACUUACAUUAUGUACUAAAACUAUAUUUUUAAAAACCCAAAGCAUCUUGCCCAUUUCAGAGACAUGCUGCGUGGUGUAGUAUUUGCUUCCUUGCUGUAUUUCAUGUAUCUUUCCACGCAAAGCCUUACUCCUUGCCCUCGUAUCGGAUGUGGUAUACGUCAUAUAACCGACUGGACAAUGCCAAUCAGGUUCAUUUGCUUGAGCUAGGGGAAGUCGUAUUGUGCGCCAAAAUGCUUGCUCUUUACCCCUCCUUGAAGGAAAAUUGGCUGGCCCCGACUCAGUCAAAUAAAUCCGAUUUGUCGUGUGCAUUAGGCGUAACCGGAUCAGUCCACCGCUCUCGUCGAACGUUUUAGAGGCUGAAAAUCUCUUGUUCGUCGAAAGGGCCGAUGACAUGUUAUCGCCACCUUAUUCAGAUAGGGGAAGAGAAAAUGUUCAGCCUCUGUCGAAUGUCGUGUUGGGACUCAUGUCUCCGGCGUACCCUUUAGGCCUUGCACAAGGAAUAUUUCCAUUCGUCUGUCAACUGACGAAUGGCGUUACUUUCCGCGAAUAGAAAAAACCUUCAGUUGUAAUAGCAACAUCACCCCCCCUCUCUUUCCACC